AUUACUUCCGGGCACACUGUCCGCCGCUCGCUCGUCGAGAUCAAAAUGUAUGAAGUGGAUAUUUUCCGCGUUUCAAGAUAGUACAAUAAUUUAUGUCGACUUGUGCUGUUUUGAAACUUUGUCUUGUGCAUUUACUACUAUCCGGGUUGUUUCGUUAGCUAGCUAGCUAGCUGGAAAACAGAGUUGCGAUCUUCGUGAAAGGCACUUUCUUACCACUUGCUAAAGAAGAUGUCUGCGGAAGAGGCGGCAGACAAAACAACCCCGGCCGACGCGAGUGCGGGAGAUGCCGGAGAAGCCGGAGACGAGGAAGAAGAGUGGCUCUACGGAGAUGAUGAUGAGAAAGCUGAGGAGGAAGAGGCCAAACUAACCGCAGCUGUCAGUGCUCCUGCUCCAGAGUCAGAUGAGGCGGUUACUACGGGCAACGGAGUGGAAGCUCAGGAGAAGGAGCCAGGAGAUGAUGACAGUGAUAGCGACAGUGACGAUGAUGACGAUGAUGUUCGUGUCACCAUCGGAGACAUCAAGACCGGAGCCCCACAGUACACAACGUAUGGAGUGGCUCCUGUUAACCUGAACAUAAAGACAGCAGGAGCCAGACCCUACGGAACAGUAGGGAACAAGUUGAAGGGUGUGGAUCUGGAGGCCCCGGGCAACAUCAAUGGAGUCCCAGUACUGGAGGUGGACAUGGAGUCAUUUGAGGAGAAACCCUGGAGGAAACCAGGUGCUGACCUGUCUGACUAUUUUAACUACGGGUUCAACGAGGACACGUGGAAGGCCUACUGUGACAAACAGAAGAGGCUGAGGAUGGGCCUGGAGGUCGUCAACAUCUCCUCCACCACCAGCAAAAUCACUGUUCAGCAGGGCAGGACAGGGAAUGAGAAGGAAGUGGGUUUACCCAUCCACACGUCCAAACCUGACUUCCCCUCUCCAGCCAGCCUCUACAAGUCAUCCAUGAACAUGAACACUAACAGGAUCUCCCCCCCUCAGUGGACCGCUCCCCCCGUUCAGGACAUGUCCUACUAUACGAAGCCCAGUGGGACCAUAGACGUGAUCGGAGGAGGGACUGCUACCAUCAGCAGAGUGGAGGGGAGACGAAGACACAACCUGGAGGGGAACAACAUCCAGGUGAUUUCGGAACACUCGUCGUCGGACGCUGAGCAGAACCCCAACAAGAUGCCCCCCUUCUUCCCCCCUGGCCCCCUCCCCCCUAACAUCCCUCCUCCCCCUUUCCUCCCCCCUCCUCCCAACGUCAGCCAGGCUCCACCUCUCAUCCCCCCACCAAGAAUACCUAUGAAUGUCCCUCCUCCUGGUUUCCCUCCUCCCAGCGGCCCCCCUCCCUCUCUCAUCCCCACUUUGGACAGCAGUGGCCAUCCAGGUGGAUAUGAUGGACGUCCCGUUCCACCAUACCCCUUCCCCACAGGUGGCUUCCCUCCUCCUAUGUCAGGUGGCUACCCUCCUCCUAUGCCAGGUGCAGUGUCUCCAUGGCCUCCUAUGAUGGACCAAUCUAAACAGUGGGACUACUACCCUCCAGGACCAGGACCAGGACCCAGAUUGGAGGACAAGAGGGAGAAGGGGAGAGAGAGACCCAGGGAGAGACCACAUGAGAGGGAGAGGGAGAGAGAGCACAGCCCCUCCGCUAUGGCUUACAACAGUGACGAGGAGCGGUACCGCGGUUACCGUGAGUACCAGGCGGAGCGUGGCUAUAGCAGCGGUGACCGUGGAGGCGGUGACCGUGGAGGCGGUGACCGUGGAGGCGUUGACCGCGGCGGCGGUGACCGUGGAGGCGGCGACCGUGGCGGUGGCGGAGGGGGAGAGCGUCACAGAGAGAGGUCGAGCCGUGAGAAGGAGGAGAGACACAGAGAGAGAAGACACAGAGAGAAAGAGGAGGGGAGACACAAGUCAUCACGCAGUAGCAGCAGGAGGAGACAUGAUAGUGAAGAAGGAGACGGUCACAGGAGACACAAACACAAGAAGAGCAAGAGAAGCAAGGAGGGCAAAGAACCUGGUGAUGACCUGGGAGGAGACCAGGAGAACCAGGACACCAUGGAGUGAUGGCGAGAACACCCUCCUCCCCUCUGUCUCUCUCCAUCUCUCUAUCUCUGUCUACCUGGGAGGAGACCAGGAGAACCAGGACACCAUGGAGUGAUGGAGAGAACACCCUCCUCCCCUCUGUCUCUCUCCAUCUCUCUAUCUCUGUCUACCUGGGAGGAGACCAGGAGAACCAGGACACCAUGGAGUGAUGGAGAGAACACCCUCCUCCCCUCUGUCUCUCUUCAUCUCCCUCUAUACAUCUCUUCCUCUCUCCAUCCCUCCCUCAGAGCACUGCUGUAGUUGAUCAUGCUCAGAGAUUGUUGUUGUUUACCUGUUCCCUUCGUAGUCAUGACGAUCAUAAACGACCCUCAUCUUCUUCUGUCAUUUAUUUUCGUCCAUCUUGUUUCUUUACUAAACACCUCGCUGAAAGAUGUCAAAUUGUUGAAUAAAAAAACAAGCUUUUGAUAA